AUGUCUGGCGAAGCACCAACCGCUCAGCCCAUGUCACCCAUGAAAUCCGAGGUCGAGUAUUUGGAGUACACAACUGUACCGGGCUAUUUCCAACAAGAUGAUCGUGCAACGAAUGACAAGAUAUUUGACUAUACGAAAACGAACUUUGGCUUGAUAGAAAGAUCAUAUGAGGGUCAAGCUGAAGAAAGCCAGAAGACGCAAUGGGAGAAAUUUGAGCUCGAGGUAGCAAGGCUAAACCGAGAAAGUGAUGACUCUGUUCAGUAUAAAGUACUUUUCUUGGGACGUCACGGCGAAGGAUAUCAUAACGUAGCUGAAGCAUUCUAUGGAACUAAAGACUGGGAUUGCUACUGGUCUCUACAAGAUGGAAACGAAACAUCUACUUGGGCUGAUGCUCUCCUGACCUCCAUAGGAGAAGCCCAGGCUCAGAAAGCCAAUAAGUUCUGGCAGUCUCUUAUCGAAACCCAAAAGAUUCAAACGCCUCAGUCCUAUUAUACGUCUCCAUUACUUCGAUGUAUGGCCACUGCUAGCAUCACAUUCUCAGGGCUCGAUCUUCCUCGAGAUAGGCCGUUCAAGCCUCUCAUUAAAGAGUUGAUUCGAGAAGCCAUAGGUGCUCACACCUGCGAUCGACGUAGUAGUAAAUCUGUCAUACAUGGGCAUUAUCCAGACUGGCCGUUCGAAGAAGGGUUUGCCGAAGAGGAUCCUUUGUGGGAUGCUGAAUUGAGAGAGAGUGACGAGGCGAUGGAUAUUCGAUUGAGAAAAGCUCUUGACGAAGUCUUUGGUACCGAUGAAAAUACUUGGAUUAGUAUUUCGAGUCAUUCGGGAGCUAUUGGGUCGACCUUAAGAGUGUUGGGACAUCGAGUGUUUAGCCUUGGGACAGGUCAAGUCAUACCAGUGCUAGUCAAGGCCGAAAAGGCGGCUGGCACUGGACCACCACGAGAGAAAGGGCCGUACUUUAAAGUACCUACAUGUCCGAAGCCACCACCAGUCAUCACUUCUUUGGCAUGA